UUGGCGAGACCGGCCGGCGGUGCAGACAGUCGAGCGUCGGCCGUGGUCAGGUCAGGUUGGGUCAGGCGAGUGUGCAGCGGCGAGGCAGAGCAGCGCUCCGGUCAGCUGACGAGGACAGGGCAGCGACACAGGCAGGCCCCCGCCAUGACGAUGCUGGAGCCCGAGAUUCGCCCGCUGCACGCGGUGUGGCCGCCCAAAGAGUACAGAAGACCCAAGGAGCCGUCCUUCUUCACACGCAUACCAGAAGCCGACAAGACAGUUGCAUGGCCGCCACGAAAUGAGAACGACUCUCGCUCGUCGUCAGCAUGCAGCGCCCCCAACGACCCCAGCCAGACAGUGGUCCUCAAGCAGGAGCUCCCUGUCCGCCAGGAGGCACCGCCGGUGUACCAAGCACAGCCAGUGGUGACGGCCCUGCCCCGCGCCCGCGGUGACCUGAAGUGGCCCCCCGAGAACUGUCAAACCAGCGACGACCAGCCCCCUGCCCGCAUCCAGACGCCCAAGCUCAGCCGGAAAGCACAGGGUUUCGCCGGCCAGGCCCUGCCCAACAACUACAGCGGCUACCGCGUGGCGCCGGGCGUGCUGCACAUGUCUCCGGAGGCGAGCCGGUACAUCAGCGACCUCUGAGUCGGCCGUACGGGCCCCCACACAAAACUGAUCCAGGUGGCGCGCGCGUCGUGUCGAGGGGUGCCGGACUGAAGCGUUGUGGACGCGGCGCCGCGCUUCGGGGAAUCAUGGCGGAGUUGUGCUUCUCCGCGUGUGAACAGUGACGAUACAGGGCGGUGUUCCGUUCACAGGAUGGAGUUAGUGCCGGCAGCGGCGCGAAGCGUGCGAACGUGUUUAAUUCGUCGUCCUAGGUCGCAAUUUCGUUUGCGUGAUUUCCUAAGCUGCGGCCUCAUGGCAGUAGUUGGCUUUGAGCCAAGAAUGUCAGGACAGGGCAGAACCGUGACCACCUGGAGCGCGCUAUGGAGGAUGUGCGAGGCGGCCGGCAGCCGCUGCACGUCCGAUGCAGGGCUGUCUGCGGACAGGUGGACGAUUCGUGAAAUGUGGUCUUUCUUCAAAUAAACCAACGUGCAACGUU